CUAACUUUUUUAGACUUUUAGCAUAAAGAAAAGUCCAAGUCGCAUAGCCGCAUAUACUGUAUAAGAUUCAGUCAGUUGAAGGAUGAGUGUGGUGGUUACUGUCACUGAGCCAACUCGGAUGAUCAUGAUGCCAUGGAAGUUACUUAUUAGGACCCCACUCUCAAAUUCCUGUCCAAACAUUAGAUUACCAACGCUCGAAAUCCUUAUCUCCAAACCUCAUCCUUUCCCUCCUUCUUCCUCCACUCAUUUUUCCCACUCCAUAUCACAACUAAUAAACACAUCAACAAGAUAAGAUUUCAUUUCACCAUUACCAAAUACCAUUUUAUCAAAAAAUACCACUUAACACACACCCUCUUCCUCUUCUCUUCUCUUCUCUUUUCUUCUUCUUCUUCUGCCAUAUCCAACCCCUUCCUCCUUAACCAGAGCUUGGUGAAGAAAUUCAACCAUGUCUUGCUCAAAUCUAACAAUGUGGGUCUCAUCAAAACCUUCCCUUUCCGAAGCUUCAACCCUUUCCUCUCGCUCUUUCAUCACCCCUUUUCAGCUUCCCUCUCAAUCUUCUUCCCCAACCCCAAACCCUUCCUCCAGAUCAUCCUCAGUCACUCCCAUCCACUGUAACCUCCGUGAGCUUCGUGACCGUAUUGGGUCUGUCAAAAAUACCCAGAAAAUCACUGAAGCCAUGAAGCUCGUCGCAGCCGCUAAAGUCCGAAGAGCUCAAGAAGCCGUCGUUAAUGGCAGACCCUUCUCUGAAACUCUGGUUGAAGUUCUCUACAACAUUAACGAGCAACUCCAAACAGACGAUGUAGAAUCCCCUCUUACUAAAGUAAGACCUGUUAAGAAAGUUGCUCUUGUGGUUGUGACUGGAGACAGAGGACUCUGUGGUGGUUUCAACAAUUUCCUCAUCAAGAAAGCCGAGGCCAGAAUCGCCGAAUUGAAGAGUCUUGGAUUGAGUUACACAGUCAUUAGCGUUGGUAAAAAGGGUAACUCUUACUUUCUUCGAAGGCCUUAUAUUCCAGUAGAUAAAUUUCUCGAAGGGGGUAAUCUUCCAACAGCCAAAGAAGCUCAAGCCAUAGCCGAUGAUGUGUUUUCUCUCUUUGUUAGUGAAGAAGUUGACAAAGUUGAGCUUUUGUACACAAAGUUUGUAUCUUUAGUCAAAUCCAACCCUGUAAUCCACACUCUUCUUCCUCUCUCACCAAAAGGAGAGAUUUGUGACAUUAAUGGAGUCUGUGUUGAUGCAGCUGAGGAUGAGUUCUUCAGGUUAACAACAAAAGAAGGGAAAUUGACUGUUGAAAGAGAUUCAGUUAGGACUGAGACAUUAGAUUUCUCACCAAUCUUGCAGUUUGAGCAAGACCCAGUUCAGAUUCUUGAUGCCUUAUUGCCUUUAUAUCUCAACAGUCAGAUUCUAAGAGCUCUACAGGAGUCUUUGGCGAGUGAACUAGCUGCAAGGAUGAGCGCCAUGAGCAGUGCCACUGAUAAUGCAUCUGAGCUUAAGAAAAAUCUUUCUAUGGUUUACAACAGGAAACGUCAAGCCAAAAUCACAGGAGAGAUUUUGGAGAUUGUUGCUGGUGCCAAUGCCUUGUCUUGAGUUAAAAAACAGAGAGAGUGUUUGGAAAAAAAGAAGAAGAAAAUAAGUGCAUGGUUAUGAUCUCUGUGUAGGUAUUUGUAUUUUGGGCUCUGCACUAUUCUUUCAAACAUGCAUAAUAUAUAUAAUAUACUUUCUUCAUUGUAAUUCUCAAACUGAGUAUAAAAUUUGUGCACUAUGAGAACUGCAAUGUAUUUUGGAACAAGCUAUAUUGAUGACAGCAAUAAUUUCUUUUUUGUACUUAAUAUUGUUUUUACUACCCCUUUGAUUUACUAAUAAUAAAUACUUGAUCUAAUCAUUUUGGGGCA